UACAUCCAUUUAGGGUGCGCACCAGAUACGCUCGGUUUGCGCAUUCCGGACACGACCUGGUUGAGCUCGAGCCGAAGUUAUUACAUUAGCGUCUGACUGUGUCACAUCAUGCUGUGGAUGAAGUGGAAGAUGGUGCUGGACUCCCUGCGAGGACGGAGAAGGAGGAUGCCCUGUUCGCUCUGGUUCCUCCUGCUGUUCGCUGCUGGAGGUCUGGUGCUCUUCAUCCACCAGAGAGAUCUGUCGGAGAUGGUCCAGCAACAAGGCCCAGGCGUGAAGCUUGGAAGCACUCCACGGCAGUCCAGAGAGACUCUUUCAACGCAGGACAGAGAAAGAGGCAAAUCUGACCAUUUUCAAGACCAUCCAGCAGCAGAAGGCAUCUUGUCCAGCCCGAUCCCUCCCAUGCAGUUUCCACACUUUGAGGAGAGAAGACAGACAGCCACCCCAGGUUCCCGUGAGCAGGACAUUGGCUCCCUCCAUGUCUCCAAAAGACAACGCAAACUGCUGAAAACAAGUCCACCAAUUCAUCAAAACAACAAUAGCGUUUCCUCAUCCUCCACCUCUCCCUCCGUCUCUUCUGUUUCCUCCUUCCCAACCUUCAUGGGCUCUCUUCCCCCUGAGACCCGUAAAAAGCUCUCUGAAAUACUGGAAGCGCGUCGUCAGCUGAUGAAAGAGAUGUGUGCAAAGUACAAAAGCAGCAUCUCUAGGACCAUCACUCGACAUCAUGUGAAACCUUUUGUGGAGGACAAGUACAAACUUUUGUACUGCCAAGUGCCCAAAGCAGGCUGCUCCAACUGGAAGAGGACCCUGAUGGUACUGGCGGGCCAAGCCCCAAACGCUCAGAGCAUCAAACAUGACACAGUCCACUACGGCCACCAUCUGAAGAAGCUGGACAGCUUUGACCGACAGGGAAUCAUGCACCGUCUAGAGAGCUACACAAAAGUCAUGUUUGUGCGAGAACCACUGGAGAGAAUGGUGUCUGCUUACAGGGACAAGUUUGAAAAUCCUAACAACUAUUACCACUCUUUGUUUGGGAAACCUAUCAUCUCCAAGUACAGGGUGAACCCAUCCUGGGCGGCUCUGAAGACAGGCAGCGGGGUCACGUUUAAGGAGUUUGUCCAGUACCUGCUGGAUGUCCAUCGGCCCGUGGGAAUGGACAUCCACUGGGAGCAGGCCAACCAGUUGUGCAACCCGUGUCUCAUAGACUACGACUUCAUCGGCAAGUUUGAGAACAUGGAGGAGGAGUCCAAUUUUCUCCUGCGAUUGACUGGAGCACCGUCCAAUCUUACACUGCCCAGUUUUAAAGACAGGAACCCCACGGACAAGAGGACCUCUAUGCAGAUCACACAGAAAUACUUUACACAGGUCAGCAUGUUGGAGAGACAGCGAGUCUACGACUUCUACUACAUGGACUAUCUGAUGUUUAAUUAUUCCAAACCUUUUAAAGAUUUAUACUGACUGACUCAUUUCAUGACGCCUGAAUAACAUUCCACUAUGUCUUCAUCCUCCCCAUGACAGAAUCCUUAACAUUGAGAGGCUCACUCACACAUUCACAUGGAUCUUUGCAUCGAAGCAGAAGGAUCAGAGACGGACCUUUCUCAGAAUUUCUCAAAAGCUGCUUUUUAUGAAAACAUUUCUACAAGGAUGACUUCAUUUCAAGAUUUCUACGAGAUGGAAAGGUUCAUGUGAUAAUGUAUUAAAUCCUGUUCUGAGAUGAAAUUAUUUAUCCACUUCUGGCACAUUGUGAGGUAGAAUAUUAAAAGUAUAAAUGUAAUGCUUCUAAAGAAAAGUUUAUUAUUGUUAAACAGGCUUUAAACCAUGCCAUACUGUGAGUCAGAUAGCAUUUGCAAAUGAUUCAUCAAAGGCACCACAUGAGUGGGAUUUAAUGAAGGUUCCAAUUGUGUAUCUAAAUUUAACAUUGAUUUGAGUGUUCACUACAGUGAGUCGUGUGAGCCCCUACCACCUACAUCUAGAAUUAUAACACCAACAUUUGGGAUUUUUGUCAUUUGAGUCCUUAUUUAUUUAACAGUGAUCACAGCACUGUGCUGCAAUUUGUUCAAAAAAAGACCCUGCAUUAAGUAUUGGAAAGAUUUGCAUUUACUAUUUGACUCACAGCAGGUAAGGCAUCAGUAUACCUCUAUGUAAUGCAUACUAACAAAGGUAUUUUGUGUAAAAGGUUUUCGACAAAGACCGUAACAAAAGUAAAAUAGGUAUAUUAUGAAUAAUUUAAGUGUGUCAAGUGCUGCCCACUCGUAAGCUGUGUGCACUUAUUGUAGCAUUUUUCUACUCCUAACUCUGAUGGUUCGGUUUGUGCUUUAGUCUGACGACACGUGUGUUACAGGUCCCACAUCACAGGAGAUACUCAAGUGACUGAUCUUAAAAAGCAGGAUAUCCAGGCUCCUGCAGGGUACAAAUGAGCUGCACACAUUUUCUAGUGCUUUUAGGUGUUGCUGAGUUACUAAUCAUUCAAUUUGCAGAGUCUAUUGACAGUGUGGCAAGCAAAUGGGUGAAGUUUAACACAGCAAAAAUCAGGAAUAAAAAGAAGAAACAGAUGUUCAAUUCGGUUUUAUGACAGUUCAAAAGUGCAUUCUUCAGACAAUUUCAUGGAUUAAGAAAGGGGAAAAGGUGUGCUUAACUUCUCCAUCUGUCACACUAACCACCGACACUAACAGCCAUCACUUACAACAUGCUCACAACUUCACAUUUGUAACCAACAGUAACGCUCUGUAUGUAACACAUCUAUUGUACACCACCAUAUAGGCUUUUUCUGACACUACUGUGUAAAAUUGUAUAAUGGGCAUUCAGAUGAAUAUAUAUUUUUCUAUGUAUUUCUAAAAUCUAUAUAUUCAGUGCUUCUUGGUGAAGGUAUGUUUAUUUCCUUUUUUGAUGUCAUUAAUUGUUAUUUCAGUAAUACCAGUGUAGAGUGUUGUGUACCAGAAGAGUUUUUUUCCAAAACAAAAUAUCCACCAGCUGAAAACCACAAGUCUAACUCCCAAGAGGCUCAAUGACUGCAAAAUUGUGCCGCUGAUUAAUACGACUCGGUGCUUUGGAGGUACUAAUGAUUUUUUUGUAAAAAGAAAAUGGAUAUAUAACAUUUUGGAAACUAGCUCUUUAUUACUUAUCCCUAAUCUGUUUGGUCUCUCUAUAGGAUAAUAGACCCUGUACAGAUGAGCUGCAUCCUGCUGAUGACAUUUCUACCCUCUACCCAAGGCUACUUCACUGUGUGUGUGUGUGUGUGUGUGUGUGUGUGUGUGUGUGUGUGUGUGUGUGUGUGUGUGUGUGUGCGUGUGCGUGUGCGUGUGCGUCUGCCUGCCUGUGUGUGUGUGUGCGCGUGUGUGCGUGUGUGCCUGUGUGUGUGUUUAUGCUGUUAAACUUGUAAGGAUGUUUUAAAUCCUUUGUCCUGCAUUGUUUUGGAACAGUUAUAACGCACUCUGCUAAAAGGCGCACACACUAACAGUACAGUAUCCUGUGUUUUACAUUUACAGACUGCUUUCUUCCUAACACAUCACCCAGCUUGCACUAAAGUCAUUAACUUUUCUUUCAAACCUGUGCACUAGUGGAAACUGCACAUUUAUUUUACAAAUAAAGAUAUGUUACUGUUCUGUAUAGGAUAAAAGGUGUCUAAGACAAGACAUUAAACUUUUGGAAAAUAAAAAAAAACAACGGCACACUUCAAUUAAUAUUGCAGUGUGAUAAACUGAAUGGAGAUCGUAGCCAACGUUUCUUCAAGGUACAAAGUGAACCACUGAAAAUUUUAUGAAGAUAACAAGGCUGUCCAUAUCCAAAGUGGGUAACGGUAUAUUUUUACAAGGGCAUGAUCCAGCUAAAAGCUUUUGACCAGUUUCCCUAGACUCCAAGCUCAAAUGGUUUUGUGUUGUAAGCUUACUACUGUUUGCAAAACUCUUACAUGUAGGGAAUGAUAUGUAUCAGAUUCAUCGGCAACUGAACAAACAAUAAAGAGUUAAAACCCAGAGGUCUUCAGGCCACAUAUGAAUUUAAAACAACAUAGUUCUAUUCUUUGGCCAAGUCACAACAGCAGCAUUCAUUACUGUGAACUAGCAAACAUAAAUGUCUGCUGGCUAACGCAUUGGACAGGAUGUAACCCAUCCUGAUUUCAUAUUAGAAUUAGAUUAAAAUGACUGUGUCCCAAUUUAGCAUUUGUUUGCUUGCCAUUUUACUGUAAACAAAUUUAUAACUCGCCCGCUUCAGAGUCUACCAUAUCAUUGGUGUGCAAAUAAUCCCGUUUACCACCAGGUAAAAUUAGGAUGUAUUUGAAGGAACCUUUAGAAUGGGACAGUCUUUUACGUGUUGCUCUGAUGCAAUCGUUCUUUGAACGUGCCUUUCGAAGGAUGCAGUCCCUUGAUUGGGAAGUAACUUAUCAAUCAACAUCAACCAGUUUGAAUGCUAACAUCAGCUGUUCAUGCAGCAACAGAGUUAGCACAUCCUCUGGGUUUCCUUGAAAUAUAGCAAACUCUCCUCCACUGUCUUUUCAGUUGCUAAUCAAUCUGGUAGCAUGCAAUUAUGUUUUGUCAGAUACCCUAUGUUAAUAUGUUUUGCCAACCUGCACACAGUAAUAUGAUAUAAGGUGAUUUGAGCUACAAGCUCUGAACGUGUUGUCAAAGGAAAAUGGCUGUGAGUAUGAUGAAUUGUGAAGCUCGGAACAACCUCUGGCUAGCCUUCUAUAAAGUAGCAAUCACUACUCAGCUAUAUGCUUUGCAGCUAAUUGGAAAUGUGUUUUUAUGUAAAAAAAAAAAAAAUACUUUAUAGAGACUUAUUUACCAAUGAAUAGAUGGAAUAUUAUAGUAUACAAAUCUAUACACACUAUAAUCUACUUUUGAGGACCUUUAACAUCUUUGGUGGUAUUAGCCUUUCACGGUGAUGGUAACUGUAUGAGCUAUUGUCAGUAUAGUGUGUUGGCUUCUGCAAUUACAAAAUUAAAUCUUUGUUUAGGUUGUGGUCAGAUUCUAUGUAGGUAUAGCCAAGCUCUGACCAACACAGCUAUCGCAUUAUGAUGAGUACUAAUCUUGCAAAGACUCUGUCAGUCCCUGCUCCCUGAAAUUAAAGUUUUCUUGGUUUGUGGGUGUAUGGACAGAUUAAUCAAAAGCGUAACUACAGUAACAAGUGAAUGUAUACCUGUUAAUCGUCGGUGCAAAAGUGUAAAAAUAUGAUCUAAAGCCCUUUGCCUUAUUUUACACUGCCAAUCAAAUGGUGUAUUUCAGGAAGACAUUCUUCAGGUGGUUAUCAUUUCUGGCUGAUGAGUGUCUACUAAUAAAUUGUCUUUAGCAUUUUCAAA